CGAGAAUUAAACGAAAGCGAAAAAAAGAAAUGAUUUUAAAAAAUGGAGGAACCAUUUGUUGGAGACUCUCCUCUGGUUUCGCCUCAUCAGGUGCAUCUGUGCAUUCCCCUCAGUUGCAUAUUUGCUUGAGAGACGGCUGGCCAACUUUUCGACUGGCUGUUGGCAGCCGUGAGUAAAAGAAAAUAAAUAAUCAAAAGGCGACCAUGAAGUGACAAAUAAAAUGUUGGCCCGGAGCAUCACAAAAUAUCGAAAAGUCUGAAUUCCCCCGGGAUAAACAGUCCCCCCCCUGGUCCCAAGUGACUAAUCCACCUCUCAGUGGUGCCCUAACCCCUCCAGAACGACAGAAAAAAAUACCUUCCCCCUCUCCCUCGUCGAGCAAUUAAACAACAGUUUUAUGAAAACGUGGAUUGUGGGUAAAGACGCGCGAGAUUGGGUUUUAGUGGUGUGAGAGGGACUGUUUCAUGGGAAGAGUUGACGAGUUGAAGUGAGAGAGAGUGUUUUGAGGUGCAAAGAGAGGAGGCAAGGUUGCAAGGAGGCCGCCGCCACCGCCGCCGCCACCGCGCGCUUUAAUCCCAAUCGUCGCCUUCUAUCCUCUCUUCUCGAUGCUGAGGGGGUGACAUUUGGAGUAACACUUGCAUAUUUGAGAAAGAGUCAAGGAAAUAAAAAAAAAAAGAAGGAGGAAGUAGUGUAACUUCUGUGUGUGCCAACUUGACAAGUUAUUAGUACUCGUUUUUAUGGAUUAAAUCAGUUGUCUCCCAGUUGAUUGUGGUUAUUUCAUUGUUGUAUUUAUUAUUCGGUGUUGGAAUGAAAUCGAGGUGAAAACAAUAAGUGUACGGUGGUGUUGGGGGGGGGAGAUUUUUUUUUUUUUUCGUGGGCUUUGGAAUGCUCAGUAUGCAACAGAGUUGUUGAGGCAAAAAGUUCAUUACUGAGGGUUUCCUGAUUUAAUACUCGAGUUAUGAAUUAAUACUCGUGUGUGAGAAGAUUUGUGUUGAGUUGUUUUCAUUUUUAUAUUAAUUAUUCGGUGAAUCUGGCGAUUGCCUGCUGUACCCACACCGAAAUCACUCCGUUCCACCGUUGUUAACCUCACUAUUGGACUCUUGGAGUCUAUGGAAUUCCAGUAGUGCACUGUAAACAAUUGAAAGAGGAGACGAUUUACCAGAUUAACCAGAGGAAAGAGGUGCUCGAGAGAGUGAUGAAAAUGAUUUUGUUUGCUCGGUGGAUGGAAAGUUAUUAGCAAAACGCUGUAAAAUGAAAACAGAGAAAAAACAGAACGAACAGAAUUGCAUACCAAGUGCGGUGGUUAAGGAGGAGACUGAGGGAGAUGGGGUUAAAAUCAAGGAGGAGGGCAAUGGGGGAAAUCACGAGGAUGCAACUGGUGAUGAUGGGAAUGAUGGUCAGAGAGAUGCUGGCUUGGAUCAGGGUAACGGGGAUGGGAGUAUGCCCAUCGACAAUCAGAAUGGCACCGGAAAUCAGACUAUGCUAAAUUCGGUUAAACAGGAGAGUGAGCAUAGCAACGCAAAUGAUGAUUUGACGACUGAUAACAUUCAGCCAUUAGUUAGCAAUGUUCUGGGUAAACAAAUGGGCGGUGGUAGCUGUGGAGAAGCCCAGUAUAUGCAGCAGCAAAGCCAGAUUUUUGUGUUCUCGACGCAAUGGGCUAAUAAGGGAGCUGAAGCGGUGCUUCAGGGACAAUUUCCCUCGAUCGUUGCCUACCACUGUUCACAACCACAGACGAAGAAAUAUCUUGAAAAACAUCCGACGAAGAUGAAUCAAUUCCGACAAAAUCCAGCGCAAUGGUUAAACAACAUUGCAAUGAUGAAGCAGAAGGGUCAGCAUCAGCCCCCAACUCCUACCUUUCCCCCAGAGCAGCCAAGCGACUUGCCACCACUGGAUCCAACAGCUCCAUUUUGGAACGAUCAGCCCAACCUUCGUAAUUUAAACGGCAGCAAUGCAGCUGAAUCGACACUCGAUGAUACGAAUAUAGAUGUGCCUUGUCUCGGUCCAAGUUCACCGGGUAAUCAACCGACCAACAGUCAACCACCUGGUAAUCCAGCAAUGGGACAGAGUCCUAAUUUACUCGGUAGAACGAGCCCUGGUGCUCUCCAGCCAUCACUCCAGGGUGUUAAAGUUCCAGAUGAGAAUUUAACACCUCAGCAGAGACAACACAGGGAGUCACAGCUCGCUACCAUUGGUAAACUGCAGAUGAUGCUCUUCCCAGAACAGAAGGACGACUCAACUGGCCUGCUCGAUCCAGCCCAUGUGCCUCCAGCUGGCAAUGUUCCUCCUGUUAGUACACCUGGGGGUCCUUGUUCGACGAAUAUGGAGUGGCACAAGCUGCAACAUUCAUUUUUGGAUGGAAAGAAUAAGGUGGGCGUAGGGAGUCCCGGUUCCCUUCGUGGUUCUGGAAUGGUAGGUGGUGUACCCCGGAGUCAAGGCCCCCCACCCCCAUAUCAUCAGACAGCGCGUUCUGCGAGUGUCCCCAUAGCGAUUCCAAGUCCAAACCCCUCCUCCCCAAAUAAUCCCACCUCAAACCUCUCCCUACCCUCACCUCGUGCAAGUUCAGCCCUGAAUUCACCAGCCGACUGUAAUCGUCAAUUCCAACUGAAUGCCCCCCGAGCAGGUCAUCUGCCGGGACAGAGUCCGACUAGUCAGGACUCCCCAACCCCCGUGAGCCAGCCAUCAUCAUCAGUCCCUCCAUCUCGACUGAAUCACAGUAAUCCAGGUACACCCGUCUCCCACUCGCAUUUAUCCUCCCUGAGUCCGAGCAAUACAACUCCCCAGAAAGAUCCCCAAUUGGAUUUCCCCACGAAUCCUCCCUCCAAUGUCGAGGGAAUGUUCUGUCGAACACUCCAGAAUCUCGCACAACAGAAGCAACAACAGCAGCAACAGGCGCACAAUGCUCCAGGUGUCAAGGAGGCGAAUUUGAUGCCAGUUCCAAGUCCCCAGCAGAUUCAGUACAUGAAUACUUUUGAUGGACAGGAGUUGACGAUUCAAAAACAACCGAACACUAGUCUAAAGGACAACAGUCUUCAAUCAGCCACCAAUACGACAAAUAAUCAAGACUUGUCAAGUCGAAUGCUUCCAGCCCCCCUAGACAACAGCAAUCAAUUUCCAGGUAGAACAGAGGGGACGAGUCCUACGAUAGAGAGCAUGAAUCGAGGCUUCGGUGGAUCACUUCACAGUCCCCACACACCUCAUACACCCCACACACCAGGUGGUGCUCCUCAAACGCCUGUCGAUAACAAACAGAACAACAACAAUAACAAUAACAACAAUAAUAACAAGACAUCGGCAAGUGCACAGAGUAGUCCAGUUCCAAUGAAUCCGAGUCUUGGUGAUAGUAUGGGACCACCGAGAACAAUACCAGCGUCACCGAGUACAAAGCAGGAGACAUCGUCGCCAUCUUCCAAGGAUAUGAGUCAGCCACAGCAACAACCACCUCAACAGGUGUCCCAGCAGUCCCAAAUACAGUCGCAAAUGCAAUCGCAGAUGCCACCACAGCAGUCCCAAGCACCCCAGAAUCCCCAGCAGUCCCAGAUUAAUCAGCAGAAUAAUCAGAGCAAUAGUGGAGUCCCCAUGGGCCAGAUGAAUGCCUUCCCCUGCAGCAGGCCUCCAGUAAACGUCAGCCAGCCGGACAACGUUCCCCUCAAUCCCAACAAUAUUGGAAGCAGAAUGGGGGGAAUGGGUGGCAUGAAUGCCAACCAUUUUGAUCCAAUAACAUCAUUGGCACAGAUGAGUCAGCAGCUAACGAAUACAGCAGCUAGUAAUGCACUGGGGAACGAUGGGCCCAUGCAUGGAGGCAAUAUGAUGCCUUUUGGGGGUCCUCAUGGGAUGCACAUGAUGCAGAUGGGGGGUGAACUGAAUGGAUGCCAUUUGGGGCCUGUCAAUGAGCCCAGUGAUGUUGGAAUGUGCAUGGGAAUGCCCGGGGGUCCACCCACCAGCUACAGUCCAACGACAUCUCAUACUGGUAGUCCCACCAUUGGACCCACCAAGAUCUCUCAUGGAAUGAUGGGCCAUGGAAUGAUGCCGGGGCACAAUGUUCCUGGAGGAUAUCCAGGGAGUGAGCAUGUACCACCACCGAGAUUGAUGGGACAUAAUGUUGGGCCCAGUCCAUACAAUGGAGCUAAUAUACAGGUUAAACCUAGUGCACCCAAUACAAUACAGUACUUACCAGCCAGGCCCAAUGUUGGCCAUCCACCCAGGGGUCCUUCCAAUUUGGAUUUAAAUUUUCUCCAGAGAUUUACAAAUCCACCGAUGCAGAAUAUGGAGAGCAAAAUGUCUUCGCCAUCGGUUAAUUUACCGUAUUUUCCGAAUGGGUGUAUGCCGAAUAAUAUGGGAGGGCCACAUUCAGGAAUGAAUAUGGGCCCUGGUGGCCUUCCUGGAAUGGGUGGAGGACCACCCAGAAUGGAUGGACAGAUUAACAGCCCUCAUGGGGGGAUGAGGCCAGCGCUUGGCAAUAUGAGGCCACAGCCCAAUAUCAUGAGGAUGCAGCAUAUGGUGGGUGGUGGAGUAUUUCCAGGGAGUCCCAUGGAUCCUGAUAAAGUCUUCCCUCCUGAUAUGGCACAACAAGUUGGUAAUCAACAGAAUCCGGGGAUGUAUGUACCUGGGAGCAAGGGGAGCCCUAUGGGACUUGGACCACCACCUGAUACAACACAACCAUUACCACCUAGCAUGGGUGGGGGCAGCAGUAAUUUUAAGAAUAGCCCCUUUGCUGGGGGACCUAGCAUGGCUGAUCCUAAUUAUGCACAACAGUUUCAUAAUUUUCAACAACAACUUUAUGCUACGGGAUCGAGAGCCGCUGGACCACCACAACCACCACCACCACAUCCUAAUAUUCAUCCAACUGGCAAUUCUCAUUCGCAUCAGCAAUUCUUCAUACCCAAUACAACUCAAACUCCCUAUUGGGCCAGGAAUAGUCGUAUGUGAGAGGGGUGUUGUUGCAAAAUGAUAAUACUGAGGGAUAACCGAUUAUUGGAAAUUAUUUUACGGAAUGUUUAUUCAUUUAUUGUUACGAGUGGUACCGUUCCAUGUGAAAGACCUCCAGCGUAGUCGAUGCUAAUGGAAAUUUUCGAGACAUUUGUCUUGGUGGUGAAUGCGGCCUCAACUGUCCACCAAAACAACAUAAAUAAAUAUGUUUAACGGUAAUUUAUUCUUCCGUUGUCACUAUUGUGAAAUAAAAGAAAAACUCGACAAAAUAACUUUUUAAAAAAAAAGACGCAGUCACAAAAAGCUCAAAUUCAUAUUUGUACAUAUAUUCGAGUUAUACUUAUAAGCAUCCAAUUGAGCAUAACUUCUUAAUUAAUAAUUUCCAUUCUCCCAUUAUUUUCCUUCCUCAGAAGAUGAAAAAUUUAAACACAAAUUUUAAAAUAAAAACAAAUAAAGAGAUGAGAAAAACGUAAAUGAAAAAAAUACUUUGUGACCAACUCUGUGCAUAAUCAUGACUUCACUUAGCCCAUUUAAUAAUCCUAUAAGAAAAAUUGAAUAAAAUAAUUAAUUAUAGUAAUAAAAAUUAAUUGAAUAAGAACAAUUAUGUUGUUGAUGAAUGAUUUUUAUUAUGAAUGAAAUAAAAUAAAGAUAUUUACAAGAAAAA